UGGUUUGAACUUGAAAGGUGAACAUUUGAUCUUGCAUUUACUCGGUGAAUUUGUUCGAUAUUCGAUUUGUUGUACAAAAAUUACUCAAAUGGAAGAAGAUCAAGAUUUGAAGUACUUUUGUAAGUUGUGUGACAAGAGGUAUCCAUGUGGGAAGUCAUUUGGUGGUCACAUGAGGUCUCAUGUACUAGCAAAGGAAAAAGUUGAGUUCAAACAGAAAAAGUUGCAAUCUUGGAUUGAUGGUGGGAAGAAUAAUAGCAAGAGAGAUCAUAAAUCACAGUUUGAAUUAAGUGAACAUUCUGGUUAUGGUCUUAGAGACAAUCCCAAGAAAACUUGGAGGGCUUCCGAUUCGAGCUCUCCUUUGUUGCCUCAGGAGAAUGUUUGUCAGCAAUGUGGUAAGAUGUUUCAAUCACUGAAAGCUUUGUGUGGCCAUAUGGCGUGUCACUCGGGCAAAGAAAAGGGAGGGUCGAAAGAUGAUCACUCGUGGACUAGUGAAAACAAGAAUCUGUUGAUGGACAGCAACUCGGAUACUGAUGACGAGGAACUAAGGCUGAGGAGCAGAUCAAAUACUAAAAGGUACAAUAGACUUGUAGCUAAGUCUUCCUCUUUUUGCUUGGUUAAUAAUAGAAGUGUUUCGUCAUCUGUUUCUGAGAUUGAUGAGCAAGAUCAAGAGGAAGUAGCUAAGUGUUUGAUGAUGUUGUCUAUGGAUUCUGGGAUUUGGAAUGGUGUCAAUUCAGUUGUUGAGUCUUCUGACAACAAUUCUGUUAUUUUGGAGACGAAAUCAUCAUCUGUCGAUAUGAAAGUAGCUAGAAAGGAUUGUCUAAAACCUGCUGAUAAUCUAGACCAAACACAUCAAAGGUGCAAAAAAGAGGCGGACAGAAACUUGAAACUUGAUGCUUUGAAUGCUGAAGCUCAAUCUGAGAAUUCUGAUUCCGGCUACUUUUUAGGUGAGUACAUGAAAGUUGAAUCAGAUGCAUCUGUUGAUGAGUUCCAUAGAAAUGGUAAUUACCAACGGAAUACGUCUAACAAGAGCCUUGGAGUUUUGUGCGAUGAGACUAGAAGAGACGUGGAAAAGGGCUCAAACAUAACAUCAAUAAAGUAUAUAACAGAAAUGAGGAAUGGUUCAACCAAAGAAUAUAAAUAUGAUAGCUAUGGAAUGGCUUCAAAUUUGGUUAAGAGUGAAUCAAGAAAGAGAACUAAGGAUAGUUCUUAUGACCCAGAAUUAGGAAAUGAGUCGUCGUUUAGGAAGAUAAAGCUUGGUUUUAAAGGUCCUGAAGGAUGCAAACAUACUCAGAAGAAGAAAAAGUACGAGUGCUUCAACUGCAAGAAGACUUUUAGCUCUUAUCAGGCUCUUGGUGGACACAGACCCUGCAACAAAAAAGCCAAUGCCUAUUUCGAAUCAACAUAUGAAACAGUUGAGAAUGGUCGUGAUGCUGAAAAUGGUCCUAAUUACAUAGACAAGGGAAAGCAUAGGGAGACAUUUAGCAACAGAAAACCGCCUGCUCAAGAUGUCAAUUACAAUCCUGAGAAGAAGAUGAAGCCUAAAAAUUUCAAAGUACACGAAUGUCCAUUCUGCAACAGGAUGUUUAAGUCAGGCCAAGCUUUAGGUGGCCACAAAAGGUCACAUUUCCUUGUUGGUUCACAGGAGAUUCACAAUCAAGCUUCAACAGUCAAAGGAGAAUUUGCUGAUUUACUUGAUCUUAACCUUCCUGCUCCUGUUGAGGACAUCAACGGUGAGCCUACCUUUGCAUGUUGGUAGUUUGUUAAUAAACAGAUGCGCGAUGUUAUGCUUCAAGUUUUGCUAGUUAAGUUCAUUCACUUGUUUAACUUUGAGACAUUCUCAUGUCCAUGUUAUUUUUUAUGCUUCUAUAAUUAGUAUUCUCAUUCUAAAGACUUAGCUGUUAUCCUUCUGUUUUGUCAUUUGAUAAAAGCCAAGGAAGUUGUUACUUGUUGCCAU